AUGGAGCAAUGGAUGCAACUUCAAGACUUUUGGGACAGGUUAAACCCGUCAAGGAGAUUACUUAAUAGUGCAGUCGCAUGUUCUCUAAUGAAGAAAACUCCGGAAGAGAUUGUCACUCUUUUGAGUGAACUAUCUAAAGAUGCAGAACAAUGGUCCACAGACCAAUGGGAUCAAAGAAUAUCAACAAGGGUGCAACAAGUAGAAUCAUCUGUAGCAAUGCAGGCCCAAAUUGUAGCUAUGGCUAAGGACAUCAAGCAAUUGACGAUGGCUCAGGAAACAAUCAAAGCUGUAUCUCUGAGUAGUGGCACAACAUUGACUGACCCAGUGGUGGAGGCUAGACCUGAGGUGGUUAACAAGCAGACUGGGACACCAUCAAAAGGAGUGAAGAGCAAAAAGGCCAGAGUAGUGAGGUAUAAAAGGAGAUUGAAGAGUAGACAUAUGCCAGCUCUACCAUUCCCUCAAAAGAUGAAGCGGGAGAAACUUGACAAAUGUUUUUGGCGAUACUUGGAGAUGCUCCAGAAACUUUAUGUGAACAUUCCCUUAAUAGAGUGCCAUAUUGCAAAACAAAUUCCCCAAAAGUGUGGGGACCCAGGAAGCUUCACCAUACCAUGCUCGCUGAGAAGUGAAAAGUUCGACAAGGCCCUCUAUGAAUUCUGGGGUAUCUAUAAAUCUAUGCCUUUGUCUGUAUUCAGGAAAUUAGAAGGUGAGAUUGGAGUGAUAAAAUCAAUACCAGUAUCCCUACAACUGGCUGACCAGACCACUAUUCUACCUGAAGAAAUCAUCGAAGAUAUUCUUAUGUGGGUUGACAAGUUUGUGUUCCCCGUAAACUUUAUUGUGGUGGAUAUGGAGGUGAAAAAUGAGGUGCCUCUAAUUUUGGGGAGGCCAUUUUUAUGCACAGAUAGAGCUAUCCUUGAUAUCUAUGAGGGGAAACUUAUGCUCAGAGCGGACAAUGAAAAAGUGGUGUUCCAGGUGAAGAGGAUGAUGAAAUUCCCUCAGUGA